AUGCAACUGUCCAAGAUCGUGCUCGCUUCCAUCCUUGCUUCCCUGGCCACGGCUGCCGACGAGAUCGUCAACCAGAUCGACGACGGCCAGGUCCAGGUCCAGACCGAGGAGACGACUGCUGCCACGGCCCAAGCAACUGCCGCCACUGCUGCCGCUGAGACUGCUGCUACUGCUGCUACUGCUGAGACUGCUGCUGCCGCAACGACCGAGACCCCAGCUACCUCGUCUGCAGCCGCCACCUCUGCCGCCGUCUCCGCCGCCUCCGCCGAGCAGGACACCACGGUCACCAGCCUGGCCACCGAUACCCUCACCACGUGUCCAGAGAGCUCUGCGGCUGCUCAGUCCACCCCAGCUGCCACUGCUGCCACCAGCUCCGAGGCAGACCAGACCCUGUACGUCCAGACCACCCAAACUACCACCAUUGAGGGCACCCAGACCGUUGUGACCACCUACUGCCCAUACUCUUCCACCGCAGCUGCCGUUUCCUCGGAAACCACCCCAGCUUCCACCACUGCUACCGCCGCUACCACCUCCUCUGCUCCAGCAAGAAGCUCCUCGAAUGACUCCUGGAACACCAUCUACACCUCUUCUUCUUCCGAGGACGUCACCUAUGUGGACGAGACCACCACCCCAACGUCCACCGUGACAAACAACCACUACUCGACUACUAACGAGUACGUCACCACCACGUCUACCUACGCUGGCGCGUCAUCCUCGAAGGCUGCUGUUGCAUCCUCUUCUUCUCUGAGCUCGAACGGCACCUCUUCGAUUGAAACCUACGAGGCCAGCGGUGCCAAGUUGAUGGUCGGCUCUGGAGCCGUUGGUAUGGCUGCCCUGGCAUUACUUUUCUAA